AUGGAGUUCUCCGGCAGCACUCUCUCCGUCUCCGAUGUGGAGGUCAUGGUGCAGCAACUGAAGCCGCUUUCGCUCGAGCAGGUUGGCACGGCAGAGUGGAAGGACGAGCGUGAGGGAGUGGAGCGACUCAACAUGUGCUCUCACAGCAACGCCGUGCUAAAGAAAGACGAUGCCGUGAAGGCAUUCCUCGUAGAGCAUGAAAAGCUUCCGGUGCUGUUGCAUGAGUUACUGGUGAUGGAGGUGUGGCGGCACCGCGUGCUGCCGCUAGUGAAGGACGCGAUUGCAGGGAGCCCCGCGGCCUACUACAUGUUUCCCUACUACGAGAUGGUUUUGGUAAACCUGUUUGAGUGUAUUUGUUUCCACGAAGAGGUGGUGGUGGCCCUCGGCGACGAUGCUUUGGAGCUCGUCGAUUAUUGCUGGCGACAGGUCUCCCGACUCUUUGCAGAGAAGGGGAUAAACGAGGUUCCGGCCAAACUCACCCCUCAACAAACUAGCGAAGAGGAUCCGCUGCAGCAUCUGGAGCGGCAGCUAUCCCACGGCAUGGUGCAGCGUGCCAUGACCUCCUUGUCGAUUCUUUGGUUUAUCAUUGAUCGCCUUGGGCAGCUGCCGCUCUCGGUGUCUAAUUCGGUGUUCAAUAAGCAUGACCUUCUCUUGGGCCUUUCAGAGAUCAUGCUUCUGCAGCCCUGGCUACGCCGCGGUCCAGGGGUGACGCAGAAGUACUCUAAUGGAGAAUUUAAGGAUGUUCCGGAAGGGGAUGCGCUGCUUGUGUGCAUCCCUGAAGCGCACACGUGGUUCUCCCUCCACAAGAUGUUGUGCGACCCCGAGUGUCGGCGGCGGUAUCCGUACACGCAAAGCAAGAAGGAGCUUAUUCUGCGCAUCCGACGCUUCCUCAAUGACACCCUUCUCGACCAGAUGCCAGCGCUGGCCAGUGUGCAGCGGGCCUUGGAGGAGCUUUCCUUCAUGCAGCCGCCCAGUGACACGGAUGCAAAGCUAAAACGUGCUCUAACCAUAGAGCAGGUUCCACGCAUUAUGACCGCAGUGGAGGCUUCACGAACGCGUAGUUGGGACGACAUCGCCAAGACAUUUGCAGCUAUGCUGAGGGAUCCACGCGUCAAGAACGAGGACGCCAUGCGAAUGGCACGCAUUUUUGAUGAGAUGUUCACAUAG